AUGGAGAGAGUCAACAGCACGCUGCUGACUGAGUUCAUCCUCACAGGAAUUCCCUACCCCCUCAGGCUAAGGACAUUCCUCUUCACAUUCUUUUUGCUAAUCUACAUCCUGACUCAGCUGGGAAACCUGCUUAUUCUAAUCACCGUCUGGGCGGACCCGAAGCUCCAUGCCCGCCCCAUGUACAUCUUUCUUGGUGUUCUUUCCGUCAUUGACAUGGGCAUCUCUUCCAUCAUCGUCCCUCGCCUCGUGAUGACCUUCACUUUGGGCAUCAAACCCAUCCCUUUUGGUGGCUGUGUGGCUCAGCUCUAUUUCUAUCACUUCCUGGGCAGCACCCAGUGUUUCCUCUACACGCUGAUGGCCUAUGACAGAUAUCUGGCAAUAUGCCAGCCCCUGCGCUACCCCGUCCUCAUGACUGCUAAGCUUAGUGCCUUGCUGGUAGCUGGAGCUUGGCUGGCAGGAUCCAUCCAUGGGGCUUUCCAGGCCAUCCUGACCUUCCGCCUGCCCUACUGUGGGCCCAAUCAGGUAGAUUACUUCUUCUGUGACAUCCCUGCUGUUUUGAAGCUGGCCUGCACUGAUACAACAGUCAAUGAGCUGGUGACCUUUGUGGACAUUGGGGUAGUGGUUGCCAGUUGCUUCUCCCUGAUCCUCCUGUCCUACAUACAGAUCAUUCAGACCAUCCUGAGAAUCCGUACAGCCGAUGGGCGGCGCCGGGCCUUUUCAACCUGUGGAGCCCACGUAACUGUAGUCACUGUGUACUACGUGCCCUGUGCCUUUAUCUACCUAAGGCCUGGAACCAACAGCCCCCUGGAUGGCGCAGCUGCCCUGUUCCCCACAGCCGUCACUCCUUUCCUCAACCCCCUUAUCUACACUCUGCGGAACCAAGAGGUAAAGUUGGCCCUGAAGAGAAUGAUAGGAGGCCCAAUGACUAAGACUGAGGUUUAA